AUGCCUCACGCGCGCCGGGUUCCGCUCUCCAUGAACCCGAGUGCGGCCAAUUCUCCAAUUAGAGCGUCGGGUCUCUCAAAGCCGAAACGGUCUUCUGCGAGCAUCCAACGGGAAGAGGCAUAUGGUCAACCGCCUCCAGCAAAAAAGCAGAUUCUCGACAGUGGCAUUCCACGUCCACUCAAAUCUCCCCAGCAGCAAAGAGUGGCCAAGACGCAGCUCUCUUUGCAGAGUCGCCGACAUGCAAGCACCUACGAGAGCAAGCUGGCGAGGGAGAGGUCCGGCCAGCACCAUCACCAUGCUGAGAGUGCCAGCACUGGAAAGUACACAGAGAAGGACCUAGAUGAGAUUCGACGAUGGCAGAGUCAUCACAGACAGAAGUUCCCUAAGAUGGUCUUCUAUUUUGACAGCAUUCCAGAGGACACGCGUGCCAAACUGGUGAAGCAGAUUACCUCUCUGGGCGCUCGUGAGGAACGAUUCUUCUCGAGUGAAAUCACUCAUGUUGUUACUAGUCGACCAAUCCCCCCGGAGCAACGGGGUGGUCGCAGAGCGGAUGAUGUUGAUGCUGAAACUCACGCUGAACAGCAACAGCCUCAGACAAUCAAUCCAUCGCUCUUGGAUAGGACAGCUGAUCAGUCAGUGCGGAGAAAACUGUUUACUGAUGCAUUAGGUGAUGCCAAGUCCAAGUCCCAGCUCUCGUCUCGUAGCGGGCUAGCCCAAAUGCCGGAAACAAGGCCCAAGAGGAGCACAGAUGUGCUGUCCCGGGCUCGUGAGAUGAGCAAGAAGAUAUGGUCCCUCGAUAAGCUUAACCGCAUGCUAUCGAUGCUUCUGGAAACAGAUUUGAAUGUUAGUGCUGCCAUCGCCUAUGGCUCUCGGAGCGCAUCAGUAUCGGCAAGCCACACGCACUCGAAGGCUACAGACGAACGGAGCUUGUUGCAACUGCUGCAGAAUGAGCGCGUCAACGGUCCUUCUGAUAGGGAUCCCACUGUGACAACCAAGGAGAUGCACUACUUUAGGGGCCCCUACCUCUACAUUUACGACUUUGAGGAGAAGCAAAAGCCUAUCAUGGCGAGGGAGUACCAACGAGUGCAGGAGAAAAGUGAUGGGGAUUGGCCACAAUUCCGUACGGCGCCGCUUGGCCGAUGUCCAUUCAUUGAGGACUAUGACCACCACCGCGAGGUUGUCAGGCCGAAGAAGCGAGAGGUAGCGAAGCCUGCUAUUGAAUCUAAGCUUGUGCUUCAGCCGCCUGAGGAUUCGCAACGGCACGCGAAGCCGGUCACUGGGAAACGGUCAUUGAGUGAGAUGGAAAGUGCUCAUAAUCGGGGCAGUAGUAUCACAGCGAAUCUAUUCAACCCUUCGAAGUCAUUGGCAGGAAAGAAGUUUGACUUUGGUCCCAAUCCGUUCGGCAGCCGUGCUGCAACUGACAAGUUGUUCGGUGGCGAGCCGCUCGCCUCCGGAGUACAGCCAUCAAAUAUCACUUCAGCUAUCCGGUCGCAGAUGAUCUCAUCAACAGCUGCCACCCCGGGUGCUAUCGGUGUCGUCAGCAAGGAGGUGCAUGGCCUCCAGCGAAAAGUACUCCAGCGCAACAGUUCACAUGAAAUGACUUCGCGCAGAACUGCAAGCGCUGGAGCCAGCUUGAAAGAAGACACCGAGUCGAAGCGAUCAACACUGAGUCGUACAUCGAGUAAAAAGCUGGACCAGAUCGAUGAGCAGAGCGCCGUUGACGAGAAUGAAGCUGGGCAGAGUGCCAAGGCCAGUGUACCGGCCGAAAAGCGAGUUGUCAAGCCGAAAAAGAAGGAACCCAAGCCAGGCUACUGCGAGAACUGCCAGGACAAAUUCGCCGACUUUGACGAGCACAUCUUGUCCCGGAAACACCGCAAGUUCGCGGACAAUGACGACAACUGGGGAGAACUAGAUGACCUCCUGGACCAGCUUGCAAGAGAACCAAAGCACAAAUCCUAUCCCACCUGGGCCCCGGCUCUGCCGGAGUUCCCCGUUUACUAG